GCACUUCCGGAAAAGGGGUGUGGUGUCACCGCGUGUGGGCGGGGCUUAAAGUCGAACAGGAAAGUGAGUCGCUGCUUCCUCGGCGUUGAGAGAAACGAUGGCGGCGAUCCGUAAGAAGCUGGUGAUCGUUGGGGACGGCGCUUGUGGAAAGACGUGCUUGCUAAUCGUCUUCAGUAAAGAUCAGUUCCCCGAGGUUUACGUUCCCACCGUGUUUGAGAAUUACGUCGCCGACAUCGAGGUGGAUGGAAAGCAGGUGGAGCUCGCUCUGUGGGACACUGCUGGUCAGGAGGAUUACGACCGCCUGAGGCCGCUCUCGUACCCAGACACAGACGUCAUCCUCAUGUGUUUCUCUAUAGACAGUCCUGAUAGCUUGGAGAAUAUCCCGGAGAAGUGGACACCAGAAGUGAAGCAUUUCUGUCCGAACGUUCCCAUCAUCCUCGUGGGAAACAAGAAGGACCUGCGUAAUGACGAGCACACUCGACGAGAGCUGUCCAAAAUGAAACAGGAGCCUGUGAAACCAGAAGAAGGUCGCGACAUGGCCAACCGCAUCAAUGCUUUCGGGUAUUUAGAAUGCUCGGCGAAGACGAAAGACGGCGUACGGGAAGUCUUCGAAAUGGCCACCAGGGCGGCGCUGCAGGCCAAGAAGCGUGGCAAGAAGACCGGCUGCUCUUUAUUAUAGACAUCAAACUAAAGGUGGAGGAUCUUUAACUAUGCCGUCGUGAAACAGGGAGGGAGGGCGGGGUUUAAUUCCCACGAUACUGAUACGGCCAAUCGGAGACAGGAUUUAGAGAAAUCGUGAUCCACGAUAAGGACAACUGAAGCAGCUUAGCAAUUUGGAUAACGGCAUUAUUUUGUCAUUAUGAAGCCCAGAAUAGGGCCCAGUUCCAAUAAUGGUUUUAAUACACCCUUGUCCACUUUCCCUUGGUUGAGCCCACAAUGCAAGCAACGAAAUAUUUUACAGGAGCGGUUUAGGACUCGACGAUCGUUAUUUUACUCCGCUAGUUCAUUACACAGCGUGAAAGUUAACAUGCUAGCGACUUUACACGCCAGUAAGACACUGUAUUUAAGGGGAAGUGAACAAGGGGAUGAGUAACCCAGUUUUGGAACACAGAGCAGGGUUAUUUUCAGACUUUCCUCUGAGCGUUUGAGGUUAGGUUUUUAAAAGGAAUCAGUCAUUAGGAUUUUCAUUUUAUUUUUUACAAUUUUUUUUUUCUUCACUGGUUUUCCUCUUCCUGAUCUCUUCCUGUGUUCAGUGACCGUGUUGAACUGACUGUACGUAUGUUUGUAUAUGUGUGUAUAUGAAUGCAUGCGCAUCUUUCUUUGUAAAUGAGUGUAUUUAGACUGCUUUUUUCCCCACUUUAUCUCUUUUUGUUUCCCGCGCCUGGCGCCUUUCAGGAUUCUGGGCUGUACAUUAGUGACCUAAAACAUUUGGCAUUUGGUUUCAUGUUAUUUAAAAGCAUACAGUUUUUUAAACGUUGCAUUUAGAAAAUAAAAUUUAAUGGAAAAAGCCAGAA